CUCUUCGACCUUAAACCGACUCGUCGGUCGACAUUUUCGGCACAGCAUCAUCAGCGCUGACGUGAAACUACGUGAGCGGAGGCACAGGCCGUCCACCCAUACCGUAAUUAGUGACGAGUCAGACUACGUAAAACUUCGGUGACUGAAUAUGGAUACCCCGGUCUCACCUCAGUUGGACAGCAGUUUAAAUGACUCAGUGACAGAUGGAGAGGAGAACCACAGUGAAACCAGUCCAUCUCCUGCAGCUCCUCCUCAGGUGCCGGUGGUUGCAGAGUCUCCCAGUGUGACUGUUGUCCAGCUGUCUGACAGUCAAACGGUGCAGGUCCAAGGGGUCAUCCAGGCCCCUCAGACCUCCGUCAUACAGUCACCACAAGUCCAGACUGUCCAGAUUGCCACUGUAGCAGAGUUGGAGGAUGACAAGUCAGUCACAGACACUCAGAAGAGGCGGGAGAUUCUCUCCAGGCGUCCAUCUUAUCGAAAAAUACUCAAUGAGCUUUCAUCGGAUUCACCGGCAGUUCCCAAAAUCGAUGAGGAGAAGACAGAGGAGGAGGUGCCUGUUUCCAGUGCAGCCUCAGCAUCAGUGCCGACCUCCAUCUACCAGACCAGCUCAGGACAAUAUAUUGCGUUCACUCAGGGGAGAGCCAUCCAGUUGACCAGCCCUGGAGCUGAAGACCUUCAGGGGGCCCAGACCCUGACGAUGGCCAGCUCUCCCACCCCGCAGCCAGGGGCCACGAUCCUGCAGUGUGCAGCUCAACCCGGAGACUCCCCACAGCAAUACUACAUUCAGGGAGGACAGGUGCUCAUCCAAGCUGCCACAGGAGACAUACCCGCCUACCAGCUGCGGUCGCCCAACUCAGGCCUGACCCAGAGCAUCGUGAUGGCAGCGUCCCCGGGCACCAUGCAGAGCCCCUCAUCGCAGCACGCGGAAGAGAUCACCCGCAAGAGGGAAGUCCGACUGAUGAAAAACAGGGAAGCAGCUCGUGAGUGCCGCAGGAAAAAGAAAGAGUACGUCAAAUGUCUGGAAAACCGUGUGGCUGUGUUGGAAAACCAAAACAAGACCCUGAUUGAAGAGCUGAAAGCGCUGAAGGACAUUUACUGCCACAAAGCCGAGUAGCGGCGGCUGUUUGUGGUCACAAGCUGAAGUCGGUGCCGUUUACAAACUGCUACAGCAAAACAAAAAAAAGAAAAGACUCUGGAACAAAGACUGCUUCAACCGUCUUUGUUUCUCUGCUCACUCAGGCCUGGUUUACGCCGAACUCAGAUGUGUCCCGGGGAAUUCGAACAGCUUGAGCUUGCCAGUUUCGCUCUUGUUCUUAUCUUGUGCUCUUUGCAUGUGAAGACUCAAGUGUCGUACACACUAUGCUUGCUGUUGCUUUUGUGCCAGCCAAUGAGAGCAAGCUGAAGAAGAGGAACAGGAAGCGGAAAUACAGGUGCUUCCUGAAAAUGUACCGCUCAAGUAGAGAUUACGGAAAAGAAAAAAAAAAGUCCUUGGCGGGGCAGCCAGGUCUCGCUACCAGCAAGUUUCUAUGAGGUCAGACGAGGUGCACACAGAGCUACGCAGAUCCACCACCAGCUGCAACGACGCAACCCAACCGUGUUUACCUGAUAAUGUCAUCUGUGUCAUUCACGCUGCCGUUUUUUGGUCGGUCCAUGCAUUCCUUCAGGUGAAAAACACAAUUAAGGAGAAAUAUCUUGUCAGUGAAGUGAUUUCCUGAAUCUCAUCAACUUUGCAAUUUGUAUAAAAGUUCUUGAUUUGGUCUAAAUGGUUUCUCUAGAGUGAACUAGAAGAAUUUAAGAUGUAAAUUAUCUUAUGUUUGGUAGUUAAUGCACAGAGCUUCAAAUAUAUAUUUCAUAUAUAAUAUAGAGGGGGCAUGAUGUGAAUCGGAACUUGGUUAAAAAAGUCCAAAAGAGCCUUUAUUUUUCUUCACUACAGUGAGUUGAUUGUAAUAUUUGAAACGACAGAGCCCAAGUGCUCUUACGUCAAAGCACAGAAAGUACCAAAGUGUCAGUGUGGAUAUCAUCAGAGUUUAUAUUCUAUUACAUUUAUUUGCAGAAUUUCACUUCACAAGUUUAUAUACAUUCUACAAAGCAAAUGUAACCAAUUGAUUACUUGUUCAAAAAAUGCAGCUGUUUACUCUGUCCUGAAAAACCUACAGUUUUGUAAUGCAACAUCUUAAGAUGACUCGUAGCUCAAAGAAUAACUGUUGUGCUUUACUGUCAUGCAAGCGUCAGUUUUGUUUUUCCAAUGAUGGUUAUCCAUUGUGGUAUAAAACUGUAUUUGAUUAUGGCUAGAUAUUAAAAUGCUCUGUUUAAAGGGUGAUGCCAAUUUCUUUUCUCUUUUCUUUUGUUUUUUUUAAUGUAAUGAAAAUUUGAUUUUAAUGCUAAUAUAUGAUCUUGUGUUAAUGUGUCUGGUGAUUUUGAAAAACUGCUUGCUUUUCUGUUUGUGUAGUUGUUGCGUUUGUUCCACUGAAUUAUAUUUUAAUGUUAGGAGAAAAUGUUAGAAAGAGCACUUGUUAAUGUAACAGCCCACCUCCUAUGACUGCCAACGCUCUUUCAGUAACAGUUGGGUAUUAAACUGCUGUUUAGCUCAGUGACAAUGAAUGAAUUAUCCUGUGGCAGUCUUGUUGUGUACCAACCAAAUGACCCGUAAUGGUUUGUAUCCACAGAGGAAUGCUUCUGUUCAUUUCUAUGAAAAGGCAGGUGAUGAUAAACUUCAGGUUAUCUUUGAUAUCAACUGAGCUGAAUUUCUCUGCACGUAGGUUAUUGCCAAUUCAAAUGGCUCCAUCUUUUACCAGGUGUUCUCUUCUCAGUGUACUUCCUUGUUUGAAUUGUAAAACCAAAACUAUUUUUGUUUAUCUAAUAAAACAUUCAAAUGUGA